AUGAGAAUGCCGCUGCGCAGCUCUUCCCUCCCGUUGUUAGCAGCGCUGCUAUUGCUCGUCUGCGGCACGCUCGCCGUCACGACGCUCGACGAUGAUGACUUGCGCAACAUCCCUUCCCCAGGGGGCGACUUGGACUAUCGCAACGGCACCCUUCUCGCUCCGAUUCUGAUCCCCCGGGUGCCGGGAUCCGAGGGCUCCCGCAAGGCGCAGCGGCACUUUGUAGACUUCUUCAAGACGAAGCUCCCCAACUGGGAGCUGGAAUGGCAAAACUCAACGUCGAAGACGCCCGCGACCGGCAACCGAGACGUUCCUUUCUCCAACCUCAUCUUCCGCCGCGACCCCCCCGGUGCGCCGAUUGGCGAUAUAUCGAGGCUCACGCUGGUCGCCCACUACGACAGCAAGUACGAGCCAACCGGCUUCCUCGGCGCCAUCGACAGCGCCGCGCCAUGCGCCAUGCUACUGCACGUGGCAAGAAGCAUCGAGGAUGCCCUCAAGGCCAAGUGGGAUUCUGAUGGGGGGUACGACGCGAUGGAUGGCGCCAAUGGCGUGCAGAUCAUCUUGCUCGAUGGCGAGGAGGCAUUCGUCAGCUGGACAGAUGACGACUCCCUGUACGGGGCAAGGUCGUUGGCCGCCGAAUGGGAAUCGCAGGCCUACCCGCCCAAGUCCACUCACAAGACACCCCUCCAUUCGAUCGACCUCUUCGUCUUGCUGGACCUCCUCGGCUCGACAAAUCCUCGCGUUCCCUCAUACUUCCUGACGACCCACUGGGCCUACAAGAACAUGGCGGGCAUCGAGAAGCGCAUGAGGGCUCUAGGUCUCCUCGAGAGCAAAUCGGAUAAGCCCUUCCUUCCGGAGAUGGAGAAGGCCCAUGAAGCUUUCAGCGGAUGGAUGUCCAUUUCCGACGACCACGUGCCCUUCAUAAAGCGUGGUGUCAAUGUGCUACACAUCAUCCCGUCGCCCUUUCCAGAUGUCUGGCACAAGAUGGAGGACAACGGUGAGAAUCUCGAUGGCCCGACAACAAAAGACUGGGCUAAAAUUGUCACCGCCUUCACGGCCGAGUGGCUAGAUUUGAAGGGGCACAUGCCUAAGAAGGUGGUCACCGGAGAGAAGAGUAGCGUGUCUAGGAGUGUCACGAGCAUGAAAACGGAGCUGUAG